AUGACGGCGAGAGCUCUCCAUUAUGUGUUCAAAAUCGGCGACAGAAAGGCUUCGUAUGAAUUUUUCACGAAGGUCUUGCGUAUGAAGGCCUUACAAUGGAAAUGGAGUAAGACAAUGGUGGGUUACGGAAGUGAAGACGAUCACUUUGUUAUUGAGUUGACUUACAACUACGAAAUAGGCUCUUAUCGCCUUGGUAAUGACUUCAUGGGAAUGUUCAUUGAAUCUGAUGAUCUUCACAAGUCACUCGAAGGGCAUCAGAAUGUAAAAAAGCUGGAUUGCGGUAAACUCCAAAUCACAGAUCCUGAUGGUCAUUGGUUCCUUAUAUGUCCUGGAAAGGGGUCUCCCAAGGUGGUUAAAGUAAGCGUUCGAGUACAGGAUCUCAAGAAAAGUGUUGACUACUGGACCAAUCAAUUAGGGAUGAAAGUUGUAGAAGAACGAGAUGGAGGACGCACGACUAUGAGUUUUGGAGAGGGUCAGUGUCGUCUUGAAGUACGUCAACUUCCAAAUGGUACUGCACUGGAUAGAGCUAGCGCAUAUGGCCGCAUAGCGUUCGCCUAUCCAGAUGAGAAGCUUUCUGAACUGCAAGAGAAAAUGAAAGCCGCCAAAUUACCUAUUCUCAAAGAGCUCGUUACACUCGACACUCCAGGGAAAGCCAGCGUACAAGUCGUGAUUCUGGCCGAUCCUGACAAGCAUGAAAUUUGCUUUGUUGGAGACAAAGGCUUCCGAGAACUCAGCAAAGUUGAUCCAAAGGCAGAUGAAUUGAUACGCAAAGAGAUUGAGCAGGACAAUAGCGUGAGCUGGUUCAAAGAUGGGAAGAAAAAGGUCUGA